AUGCGAACAACCACUUCGCGCACCCUACGAAUCUUCACCAACUCUCUCAUCGCAGGCUUCACCCGACCCAAAAGCUCGACUUACCACCACCAGCCAUUUUUUACGCUUCCCACCGCCACCCGUCAACUCCUCCAUUCUCAAACCCGCAAGAUGGCUUCCUCCAACAAGCACCCGAUCCUCCUCAAGAAGUCCGUCAAGCUAGCUUGCAUCCAGCUUGCCAGCGGCGCUGACAAGUCCGCCAACCUCUCGCAUGCCGCCGACAAGGUGCGCGAGGCCGCUUCGGGCGGUGCCAACAUUGUCGUUCUUCCCGAGUGCUUCAACUCCCCUUACGGCUGCGACUUCUUCCCCUCGUACGCCGAACAGCUGCUCCCUUCGCCUCCGACUGCGGAGCAGAGCCCGUCCUUUCAUGCGCUCUCCGCCAUGGCGCGCGACAACGGCAUCUACCUGGUGGGUGGAUCGAUUCCCGAGGUCGCGAUUGAGGAGGGCACAGAGGACAAGAAGACGUACUACAACACCAGCUUGAUCUUCGGCCCCGACGGCAAGCUGCUUGCGUCGCAUCGCAAGGUGCAUCUGUUCGAUAUCGACAUUCCGGGCAAGAUCAAGUUUAAGGAGAGCGAUGUGCUGUCACCCGGUAACAGCGUAACGCUGGUGGAUCUGCCCGACUACGGCCGUAUCGCUGUGGCCAUCUGCUAUGAUAUCCGGUUCCCGGAGCUGGCCAUGAUUGCGGCUCGGAAGGGCUGCUUUGCUCUCGUUUAUCCGGGCGCGUUCAACACCACAACGGGUCCUCUGCAUUGGCGGCUGCAGGGACAGGCGAGGGCCAUGGAUAACCAAAUUUAUGUGGCCCUAUGCAGUCCUGCGAGGGAUUUGAGCGCGGGGUACCAUGCAUAUGGUCACAGCUUAAUCGUUGAUCCCAUGGCGCAAGUAUUGGUAGAGGCGGAGGAGAGCGAGACGAUUGUGAGUGCCGAGCUCGAUGGGGCAAAGAUUGAGGAAGCAAGGUCGGGCAUUCCUCUGAGGGAUCAGCGGAGGUUUGACAUUUAUCCUGAUGUGAGCCAGGCGAAGUUCCUCGCGCGCAGGGUUACCCAUGAGGGUGACGUUUCCAGAACACCCUUUCCCUGCGCUGACGCCGCUAUCUUUGAUCGUGGACAGACGCACUUCGGAAAUUCGCCGACAUAUGUCGACUUUUGCCCCUUUCCCAGUCCUGAGAUCUGUGCUAUGCAGUUCUGA